AAUGAGAGCAGCAUUUCGAUUCCAACAUCGAGCUGGAGCUGAAUAAAGGUGCUUUUUAAUAAGAAACAUUCUCUUUGCAAGCUGACAAGAGCAAAGCAGGGUAGCUGUAUUGUUGUCCUAGCUGCAAUAAUGGAGAGAAAAGGAAGCAGGAGAGAAAACGAAUGCGAAGAAAAAAACAGCAACUCUGAAAGCUCCGAGCUAGACAAGGACUAUAAAACGUCUCUGAUCACUCUGAAUGUCGGUGGUUAUCUAUACAUCACACAAAAACAGACACUAACCAAGUAUCCAGAUUCUUUUCUGGAGGGGAUCAUAAAUGGAAGAAUAAUGUGCCCCUUUGAUGCAGACGGUCAUUACUUCAUAGACAGAGAUGGACUCCUUUUCAGACACAUCCUCAACUUCCUACGGAACGGAGAACUUCUUCUACCAGAGGGGUUUCGAGAAAAUCAACUUUUGGCACAAGAAGCUGAAUUUUUCCAGCUUAAGGUACUCUCAGAGGCAGUGAAAUCAAGGUGGGAGAAGGAACAGCUAGCAUCUCGAGAGACCACUUUCCUGGAAAUAACUGACAGCCACGACCGUUCACAAGGACUUAGAAUCUUUUGUAAUGCUCCUGAAUUCAUUGCAAAAAUAAAAUCCAGAAUUGUACUGGUGUCCAAAAGCAGGCUGGAUGGAUUUCCAGAGGAGUUUUCAGUAUCUUCAAAUAUUAUUCAAUUCAAGUACUUCAUAAAGUCUGAAAACGGUACACGAUUGGUAUUGAAGGAGGACAACACCUUUGUCUGCACCCUGGAAACUCUUAAAUUUGAGGCUAUAAUGACGGCUUUAAAAUGUGGAUUUAGACUGCUGACCAGUCUGGAUUGUUCAAGAGGGUCGAUUGUUCACAGUGAUGCACUGCAUUUUAUCAAGUAAUCACAAAGGCAAAGGAAACGAGCACGCAGCCAGCAAAGCUCCUUGAGCUGCAGCCUUCUGGCAUCACAAAUAAUACAUCUAACUAGCCCUGUGCCACAGAGCUCAGCUGCUAAUCAACUGAUGUGAGCUAAUGGUAUGUAAAUCUCAUAAUGACAUCUAUCUCUGGCUUCCUUAAACUGAAUGAAAAUUCUAUGCCUGAAUUUAACAAGAAUUAUCUGCUAACAUUGUAAACACAGAUGGAAUGCUUUAUGCUCUUUGUAAUAUGUUUUCUCAAUGCUGUCUUUAAACCAGAGAGUCUAGCUGAAUUUUUGUGUACCUGU